AUGGGUGUUCACGAGAGUUCUCAAGUCGCACCGGCCGAUACUGCAGCACAGACAAGAGCAGACCUCUAUCUGCAGCUGCAGAAACCGGAAUGGAAGGACCACGGCAGGCAACUCCAGCAUUACUUGGACGACCAAAUUUCUCACCUUCCAUCCGAAAGAGACACCAACCCGGCCCUGAUUUCUGCCUUACUGCAGCUCUACGGUAGAGAGGGGACAGGGAUCGAUCCUGAUUUUGACGAUAUUAUACUCGGCGCCAUUGAUCGCAUGGGCAGUAUUCUGAAAAGCUCUGUGGCAAGCCAUUUCUUGGACUCUCUUUUGCAAUCCACAGACUUGGAGCGAUUUCAGCGUGCGAUUGGAGAACUCAUGCGAAGUGAAGUUGACAUUCGAUUUGGAACUCCCACCAGAGAACACGCAUUGGAUGCGGCUGUGCUUUGUGGUAACUUGACCGAUGUGCAGAAUCUGCUAUUCAAUGACCGCAGCGCGCUCGCGCUUUUCGGCGUCCACAGAGAUGGUAGCACACCGCUAAGCCUUGCAUGCAAAAAUGAGUUCACAGAUAUAGCUGAAUUUCUGGCGAAGCUGGCUCCAGAGGCGGGAUUCGUCAGGGAUUGCAAUGGUUGCACUGCAUGGCAUAUCGGUGCUGAAAAGGGUCAAAUCUCCGUUUUAGAAAUACUUUUCAAGGAGCUCAAGAGGUUGAACAAGACGCCUGGAGAUGAUACCACGUCUGAUGGCAUGACAAGUCCACAAGACAUCACCAGUUCUCUAUCAGAUACGGACAGGAACUGGGUCAUGCACCUCGCAGCCGCGCAAGGGAACAUCGAUCUGCGCAAACCCCUCCUAACACCAUUCUAUGGCGCAAAUCUGGACGACGUUCUUAAAUCGACAAACACCGAGAGAGAAACACCACUUGUUUGUGCGCUCAGAAAGCGAGAUCCAGCCGUUGCCAAAUUCCUUGCCAAAAGAAUGACCCGGAUUCGCUUCCAUGACGCUCAGGACAGGGAUAACCUGCUAAAAUGGCUCACAAACAGUCCGGAACACCACAAGGUAAUUUCCAAGAUUCUGUCUAAAAACGAGUCUGCUCAUCGCUGCUAUACUCCGCCACUGGACCUGGAUCAGCUGGGGUGGGCCGCGUUUUCGGGGUCUGCAAGACUCGUAUGGCUGCUGCUUCAAAAUAGUUCCCCUGGCCCAUCAAGAGACAAUAGUAUCAAGAGUGCUAUUAAUACCGCCUAUUCUGUACUGCAGGGGCAUGUUGCAGCCAAUAGUGGAAAAUCUGCCGGUCUCGUUGGCAUCGCAGGAGACUGGUUGUCAGAUGAAGGCAUGGAGUCUACCAUCAACCGGCAAACCUGUUCAGUGAUUGGCGAGACGUCCAAAGUAUAUAAUGAUGUUCUAGAGAUUUUACAUAACCCACCCGCCACAGUUCGAGCCCCCCGGCGAAAGUCUGCCCGAAAAAGGGCCUGUCUACAGCGCUAG